AUGCGCUCAACGAGUAGCCCCAAGGAAGUGAAAAAGAAGAAGCGAGUUGACAGCGACCACGUAAUGGAGCUUACCACAACUAAACACGCCCUGGAAAGUGCAAUUAAAAAAUUGGGUGAAAAGGUGGACCUAAAGGACGUAGGCGAACCAAGCUACAUCCUGGGAAUUGAGAACACAUGGGACAAAGUCAAUAAGAAACUCACGCUCAACCGGAAGAAGUACAUAAGUGACAUCUUGAAGCGUUACAGCCAGGGAAAGGACUCCAAUGGAAACUGGUCCAAUAACAACGUUGGUCAGACAACGGAAGGUAAAGCUGAAUCAACGGUCCCUUAUCAAAACUUGAUCGGAAACCUCAUGUACAUGGUGCAAGGAACACGCCCAGACAUCGCAUUUGCAACUCACUACUUGAGUGAGUUUAACACCUCUUUCACGUCCACUCAUUGGCAAAUGGCCAAAAGGGUGCUACGCUACUUGCAAGGGACGAAAGACGUGGGCAUCACGUACACAGCUUGUGCAGAACCCGUCGUGGGAUAUUGCGAUGCAAGCUGGAACGAGUCCGGCAAAGGGAAGUCACGUACUGCUUACGUAUUCACCGUGUCCAAGGGAGCCAUCAGUCGGAAAUCUACGAAGCAGCAAGUCGUCGCGCUGUCAACGUGUGAAGCGGAAUACAUCGCUAUCACUGAAGCCAUAAAGAAGGUAUAUGGGUAA